CAACCGACUGCAGUCUACAGCUCUGGGAGGGAGAGGUACUCACUGCUAUUCACUGCUGACCCUCUAUUUUAUUAUUAGCUUACUUAAAUCUGGCAGCAGGGCUGUUUUUCUCAGCAACAACGGCUCUUUUUUUUUUGCAUUGCGUAACCAAAUAGCUGCACAUUAUUGGGAUCUCAGGUAAAUGUGUGGGAACACAGCAGAGAGAAGCGGCUGAUUUGGGAUCGAUAAAAGCUGCUACUGUUAGGUCAGGUAGGACUCAGUUGAUGGCCCUUUAAUUUAAAUCCACACCGUGCUCCGUUUUCGCGUCCUCAAUGUUCAGGACGGCCAAUUACCCGACGGUGGAUCCUGCGCCCACCAUCAUGCACGGCACUUGGUUUACCACGGGGUGUCGAGAAACGCCCGUAGCGGUGGAGAAACCGAAGAAAAAGGCGUUCAGCCUGGUCAAAAUAAUGUCUCUCAGCAACAAGAAAGGGCACGACCAGCAUCCGCACCACAACAACAACAUGCCCUUUACGAUCCACUGUCACAUCGGGAAAGAGAUAAAGCACAUCUGCAGCAAUUGCAGUCGCGGGAACGACACACGGGACGCUGAGGAAGGAGAGAGGCUGGCCGCCAUGCGUUCUGAGUCCUUGCUCUCCGGCACUCACACUCCACCCAUCCGUCAUCGAAGCAAGUUUGCCACUCUGGGACGCCUCCUCAAGCCAUGGAAAUGGAGGAAGAAGAAGAGUGAGAAGUUCAAGCAGACCUCAGCUGCUUUGGAAAGGAAGAUGUCGAUGCGACAGAGCAGAGAUGAGCUGAUCAAAAGAGGAGUGCUUAAAGAGAUCUUUGAAAAAGCAACCUUUGAGUUCCGAUCCUCGAUGGACGGCGGAGUCUGCACUCAGGAGCCCUCUAUUAAGUCAUCUAUGGUCCUGCCCAUCAAGAAAUCUGUCACCUACUCAGGGGACCUUCAGGAUAUCCCCGCCAAGCCACCGCAUUACCACAAACAGCCUCCUGCUCUCCCUCCAAAACCUUUCUCUAGGAUCCCAAACCAUAGCACAGAUUCUUGCCAGCCGAUGAAGUUGCCCUGUAUGCCCGGGGGAAAGCACUCUCCACCUCUGCCUCCCAAGAAAGUGAUGAUUUGUGUGCCUCCAGGGGGGCUGGACUCCCCUUCUCCGCCCCCCAAUUCCCUCUGCACCUUCUCCCAAAAGUGCGGCCCUCCCCAGGGCAUGCCCCCAUAUCACGGCACCUUGCUGCCCUCUCAGCUCGCCGCUCUAUCCAGUCUUCACCAGAGCCACGGUCACCCGUUUCAGCUUCAGUACGGCAGCUUGCAUGCGCCCAGCCGCAUCAUCGAGGAGCUCAACAAAACCCUGGCGCUCUCCAUGCAGAGGUUUGAAAGCUCUGCAUUGCACGGCGUCGGUCAGUGUGUCCCCCUGGACAGGAGAGAAGUGCCAUCUGUGAUCAUCGACUACGAGGAUGACAAGGAGAACAUGCCGAACGAGUCCGACUACGAAGAUCUGCCCAGCAUGUAUAAGGACGAGGACGAUGAUGUGGAUGAUGACGAGGACGAUGAUGAAGAUGACAUAUUAACAAGUUCUCUGGCUCAGAAGGUGCUGAGGAAAGACUCUCUGGCCAUCAAGCUGAGUAACCGUCCAUCCAAAAGAGAGCUGGAGGAGAAAAACAUCCUGCCCAUGCAGACAGACGAGGAGAGACUGGAGUCUAGGCAGCAGAUAGGCACCAAACUCACAAGGCGCUUGAGUCAGAGACCCACAGCGGAGGAGCUGGAACAGAGGAACAUACUCAAACCUCGCAAUGAGCAAGAGGAGAUUGAGGAGAAGAGGGAGAUAAAACGAAGGCUGUCACGAAAGCUGAGCCAGAGACCCACUGUAGAGGAGCUGAGACAGGCCAAAAUUCUCAUCCAAUUCAGUGACUACGUGGAGGUGUCAGAUGCCCAGGACUACGACAGGCGGGCAGAUAAGCCCUGGACCCGGCUCACAGCAGCUGACAAGGCAGCUAUACGGAAGGAACUCAACGAUUUCAAGAGCAAUGAGAUGGAAGUGCACGAGUCAAGUCGCCAUUUAACCAGGUUUCACAGACCAUAGUAGACCACCACUGUCUUGAGCAGCGCCGGACCGGUGCUCUCCUCCACUGAGAACCUUAAGUGCUGGACAGUAAAAUGGUGCCAGUUUAUACAAUAAGGCCAUGUCUUCUGAAAUGCCUUUUCAAGACCCACACAACUGAGUCGGUACUACGCUCCAAGAUGCAGACACCCACUACUCCAUCCACUGUAGUAGCACAUAAGGACUCCAGUUGAUUCACAUUGCCCCUCUAUGGAAUUUG